GCGUUUUUACUUUUUGAAUAAGCAGCAGAUGAAAGUAGCUCAAACGUCAACAAAAUACGUCAAAAACAACAAACUACAGUCUUCGCCGAGAGGAAGUUAAACAUCAUGCAGUUCAACCGCAGGUGGAAGUUUGGUUGGGGCAGGUUCAGUGAGGUGGACCUCUUCACAGAUCGCCAUGAAUCCAAUGCAGAGACUCUCUCACAGGCCAUCAGAGCUGCAGCGUCUGAGGAGCCCGAUGCAGACGGCAGCGUGCUGUUUGGUCAGCUCAAGGGAACCGUGGUCGGCCUCAGAUAUUACUCAGGGGUGGUGAACCAAGGGGAGAUGGUCGGUUUAGUGCGGCAGCCUCAGAAUCCAUAUGACCGCAACGCAGUGAUGGUUGCCAACAUUUAUGGAAAUCAAGUCGGACACAUCAAGAAGGAGCUGGCAGCAGCAAUGGCUUACAUCAUGGACAACAACAUAGCUAAAGUAGAAGGGGUGGUAUACUCGGGGACAAAAAACACCUACACCAUGCCGGUGAUGCUGUCCUUCUGGGGGAAAGAAGAGAGUAAAAAUUCUGUACUGGAACAUAUGUCACGCCGAGGAUAUAAGCUGAACACAGAGGGAGGCAAACUGAAAGGCAACAAUCAGCAGUGGUAUAGUAGUCAAGAUGCUCGUGCAUUUUCAUCAAAAAAAGGUGUGACCACUGCACUAACUGCCGACGAGCUAAAAAAUGCAUUUGAUAACCUUUUCGAAGGGUUGAUGGAGAGUAAGGAUGGAGAGAAAGAAGCUGCUGUGUCUGUGGCUACUCCCCUCCUGCUCCAUCAGAAGCAGGCGCUGUCCUGGAUGUGCGCGAGGGAAAACAAAGCUGCCCUGCCGCCGUUUUGGGAGAAGAGAGGCGAGCUAUACUACAACACCCUCACGUGUUUCUCUGCCAAAGAGCUACCAGAGAGGGUUCGUGGAGGCAUACUGGCAGAUGACAUGGGGCUGGGUAAAACUCUGACUGUAAUUGCACUGAUUCUCACCAAUUUUCACAAAGGAAAGCCGCUGCCUGUGGAGAAAUGUGUUGAGAAGGUUUCACCCAUUAAAGCGAAAACGACGUCACAAAUGGCCCUGACACUGGAAGGAGGCAGCAGUGCAGGUGGAGCUGGAGUGAGUGGCACAUCAAGUGGUUCUAACCUUACCCAGGAGGAGGUGAUCUGUGUUGAUGAACCACAUGCAGUGAAGGCAGCAGAUAAGUCAGAGAAAAGUAAGAGCAAAGAGAAGAUGAAAGCAACCAAGAGAAAACCAAGCAAAGAGGGAUCGGUGUUGUUUGAGGAUCUGGACUUUGCUGCAGCUCUGAGUGGCUCAACAUCUGGCACAGGCUCAAAGAAGAAGAAAACAGACAAGAAGUCCAGUCUCACGCAGAGUGCUGAAUCCUCCAUCGCUGAAAGCACAGAUGACUUAAAAGCAAGAACAACUCUCAUCAUCUGCCCCCUCUCUGUGCUCAGUAACUGGCUGGACCAGUUUGAGCAGCAUGUGGACCCUAAUGUGAAGCUGAAUGUGUAUUUGUAUUACGGUCCAGAGAGAAACAGGAGUAAAAAGUUUCUGUCCUCUCAGGAUGUAGUGAUCACCACGUACAAUGUCCUCUCUUCUGAUUUUGGGAAUAAGAGUCCCCUCCAUGGGAUCAGCUGGCUGAGGGUUGUGCUAGAUGAGGGACACAUCAUAAGAAACCCAAAUGCACAGAUGAGUAAAGCUGUACUUGACCUGAAAGCUCAGAGACGCUGGAUUCUUUCAGGUACUCCCAUCCAGAACAGUGUGAGGGAUCUGUGGAUGCUGGUGGCCUUCCUGGGUCUGAAGCCCUUUGAUACGAGAGAGUGGUGGAACAGAGUGAUCCAGAGACCCGUUACACAAGGAGACAGGACCGGCCUGCAACACCUUCAGACACUAGUGAAGUGCAUCACCCUGAGACGGACAAAAAACAGUGAGGUGAACGGGCGGCCUCUGGUGUCACUGCCUGAGAAGAAAGUCUACGUGGAGCAGGUAGAGCUCAGCCAACCAGAGAGGGAGGAGUACGAGUUGGCACGCACUGAAGGAAAAAACACCAUUGGCAGAUAUGUAGCUGAAGGUACAGUCUUGAGGAAUUAUGCUGAUGUGCUUGCCAUUCUCAUGAGGCUCCGUCAGCACUGCUGCCACCCUGACCUGCUGGCAAAGAUGUCCUCAGAUUUAGGUGCUGCAGCAACACCAGCAGAGCUGCGGGAGCGUCUCAUAGAAAAGCUGCGGUUGGUGCUGGCCAGCGGCUCUGAUGAGGAGUGCUCCGUGUGUCUGGACUCGGUCCGUCUGCCCGUCAUUACACACUGCGCCCACGUAUACUGCCGGCCAUGCAUCGCACAGGUCAUCAGCACUUCAGGACAGGAGGUGGCGCACUGUCCCCUGUGUCGAGGUGAAAUCAAGACCAGUGAACUGGUGGAGUUUCCACAAGAAGAAAUGGAAGAAGAGAAUAUUACAAAGCCUGAGAGGUGGAGGACAAGCUCAAAGGUGCAAGCACUCAUGGGAAAUCUGCUCAGGUUGCGAUCUAAAGACAGCAGCAUAAAGUGUUUGGUCAUCUCUCAGUUUACACGCUUCCUCACCAUCCUGGAGACUCCACUCAGAGAGCAUGGCUUCAGUUUUGUGCGUUUGGACGGCACCAUGACCCAGAAGAAAAGGACUCAAGUCAUCCAGGAGUUUCAGAGCUCAGCGGCCGACAGCCCUACCAUCAUGCUCCUGUCACUCAAAGCCGGAGGAGUGGGGCUUAACUUGACCGCUGCCUCUCACGUUUUUCUCAUGGACCCCGCAUGGAACCCAGCUACUGAAGAGCAGUGCAUUGAUCGCUGCCACCGUUUGGGCCAGAAGAGAAAAGUUGUAGUCACUAAGUUCAUUGUGAAGGAUUCAGUGGAGGAGAAUAUGGUGAAGAUCCAGAGGAAGAAACAGGACCUGAUGGAGAAGGCAUUCGGAUCCACCAACACUGACAGGAAGACAUCUCGCAUCGAUGACAUCGUAGCUCUGAUGGAGCUGUAGACGUCUGGUACUGGACUUGAACUGAAGCGUUAACGAGUUACAAACAACGAUUUGCAUUUGAACCGUAACCAUCAGUUAUUGUGUAUUCGUUCGUCAUGGUCAGGCAUAGUUUCUGUUGAUGAUAAAUGUGCUCAACGGUUUUUAAGUCACCAUUUUGAUACAAAGGUGCAGGACGUACCACUUGGCAAGCAUUCUUAUUAUUCAGCUGUGAUGUUUAGCAACUGCUACUCUUGAUUUACAUGUUUUAACAAGCCAAUACUGUGCUGAUUACUGGAAGCGGCUGAUAAAAAGAUUAAGGUUAAUAAUUAAAGGAGGUGAAGGUUGGACAAACCUAACUACCUUGUAACAGUUUUAACUUUUCAGUUUUCCCCAUACAAAACUGAACAGUUGUGAGAGUGUUUUGAGUUUUUUUUUAUAACUCUAAAAUUAAAGAAAUGCACAUGA